GUGUUUCGAUUUCCUGAUGAAAUUGGAACAAUAAACGGGUUUUUUUAUGACAUGCAAGAGAUUUGUUUAUGUGUUUAUGUGUUUGCUCAAACAUGUUUAGCUCAAGUCUGUUUAUGUGUUUAUGUGUUUGCUCAGAUCUGUUUAUGUGUUUUGAUUUGGUCAUUAUAAGUCUCUACGAUUUCGUUUUAGCUUAGUAUGUUAACAUUUGCAAUGAAAGAACAAAAUGAAGGACAAGAUACACUUGUCGAACUAUUAGGACCUGAUAAUCCCGGUCGAAUGAGGGCAAUGGGGAGAAAUAUGACUAAGACGAAAUUAGCUUGUUUCGAAGUUAAUCACAAGUGUAUGGUUGAAAUGGAAAAGAAACAAAUUCAUCUCCAGGACAAGGUUAAUGAGCUAGAAAAUAAACUUGGUAAACUGCAGAACCAGGGACAAGAAACUGAAGUUGGUGAAAACUCUAGAUCUGCUGCAGGGAGUGUUAACAAAAAAGCACAACCAAAGUGUAUUUUGAUUGACUGGGCUGGUGAUGAUGCGAAUGUUGCUGAGGGACGUAUUAUAUCUACUGAUCCAGAGGAUGUUGUGAAUGGGACACGUUUAGGUCCUUUAGAUUAUAAAGUUUUGGUUGAGACUGCCACGGUACCAGAAGCAUUCCUUUGGAGAAAUACUAUGGGAAUGUCAACAAUUGAAGAAUCUGUUGGGCAUAUGAUUGCAUGGCCUGCCACGAAGUGUGUUAGUCUAGAACAGGGGGUUCAGGAAGAAGACAUGGCACCACUAGGCACAAGAGCCAAUUCUUUGAACAAAUGCAAACUACUUGAUCUGUCUAACGAUGAUGUAGUUGUUGCUGAAGGCCGUUGGACCACAGGCCGGUUAUCUCCUAUUCAGAAUUAUGCAUCUACUCAAACAGCUCAUGGAAAAUCAGCAUCAUCAAGUCAAAAAUCCACAGCAACAGGUUCUAAAUCGCAACCAGCUCAUGGAAGAUCAGCAUCAGCAAGUAAAAAAUCCGCAGCAACAGGUUCUAAGUCGCAUAUGCAACCAAUCUCAGCAUCAUGUGAGAAGUCUCCAACAACAGUUCCAAAAGCUAAUGCAGUGGAAACUCAAACAGCUGCACCGUCCCGGCCUCUUCGAAGAUCUCCGCGGAAAAAAGGAGCUAUACAGGAAAAUCAGAAGUGUAUGUUACUGGAUAUUAAAGAAAGGAAGCAAGUUGUUGCUGAAGGACGGGUGAUUUCAACUGAUCCAGAGAGACGUGUACACUGUGCUCCUUUGGGUCUUAAUGCUGCGCAAGUUUUGGUAGAUAUAGUCCAGGUAGAUGAUGCAGCGGUUUGGAGGACAUCAUAUGAGAUUGAGUAUAUGAAAGAUGCACUUGGUUCAUUUAUCGCAUGGCCAACUGAUAACUUGGUCAUGUAUUGACUAUCGUCCAACUGAGGGGAUGAAGCAACUUUGGUCCAGCUAGCUUAAUUUAGGUUAAGACUAGUCUUUAUGUAUUUUGGAUUCAGAAUGUUUAAUGUUUGGUAUGUUGGAUUUGGAAUUGUUUUUGGUAUGUUGGAUUCGGAAUUGUGUUUGG